AUGUAUUCUUCAAUUCGGUUUGUUGCUGUGUGCGUGCUGCUGUUAUCAGUUUGUGCUGUGUUAUCGAAAUCAACCGGGUUAUUUCAACUCCAGGUUCUUUCCAUACAUAAUUAUAGAGGUGAACUGAUGGAUGGCUCUUGUUGCGGAGGCUACCGUUCUGCUGGUGGUGGUUGUCCUUUGCAAUGCAAUACCGCCUUCGUGCUUUGUUUGAAGGAAUAUCAAUCGCAUAUAACAACUGGAAUGUGCACUUAUGGUAAUCUGUCAACUGCUGUAGUAACCGGCAAUUCAUUUUCCGUUCAGAAUGAACCCAAUAAAGAAAUUCUUCUGAGUUUACCUUUUUCGUUUAGUUGGACGAGGUCUUUCACCUUUAUCUUGGACGCUGUUGAUGUUACCAACUCUGAUAGCAUAGCACCAAUCAUCGAGCAGAAACCUUAUUCUGGGAUUAUUCUACCGAGUACUGAAUGGCACAAUGUUUUGUACACCGGAACGGCUGCCAAAUUGACGUUCCGAAUACGAGUGAUAUGUGACAAGAAUUACUACAACAGUACGUGCACAGUCUUCUGUCGACCACGGAACGACAAGUUUGGUCAUUACACUUGUAAUGAGGAGGGCGAGAAAGUUUGCCUCCCAGGUUGGAAAGGACCAACUUGUGAAGAAGCUAUUUGUAGAGAAGGAUGCCAUCCUGUGCAUGGAUAUUGUGAUCGGCCAGGACAAUGCAAUUGCAGACAUGGGUGGAAAUCAGAGCUUUGUGAUCAUUGCAUUCCUUACCCAGGAUGUAAACAUGGAUAUUGUGAUGGUAGUCCCUGGCAAUGCAUUUGUGAUGUAAACUGGGGUGGAAUACUUUGUGAUCAAGAUCUAAACUAUUGUGGAAGACAUCGACCUUGUCAAAACUUAGGAACCUGUCAAAAUGUAGCCCCUGAUCAAUAUAAGUGUAUAUGUCCACAAGGUUUUUCUGGACGCAACUGUGAAAUAGUUGAUAAUCCGUGCAUUAUGAGUCCAUGCCUAAAUGGAGGUACCUGUUCCGAAAUAAGUUCAACAUUUAUUUGCUCCUGUGCUCCGGGAUGGACUGGAACUCGUUGUGAAAACAAUAUUAAUGAAUGUGAGUCAUCUCCAUGUCUGAAUGGUGGAACAUGUGCAGAUUUAGUUGAUGGUUAUCAUUGUUUAUGCACUACUGGCUGGGAAGGUUCAAUUUGUGAAAGUGAUGCAAAUGAAUGUGAUUGGGACCCAUGUGCAAAUGCCAUUGCAUGUCAUAAUAAAGAUGGUUCUUAUGAAUGUGAAUGUCAAGAUGGAUGGGAGGGAAAAAACUGCACAAAAAAUAUAGAUGAUUGCAUAGGACAUUGUCAAAAUGGUGCAACUUGUGUGGAUUUGAUAAAUGAUUAUCACUGUGCGUGUCUUCCUGGAUUUACUGGCAGAGACUGUCAAACUAAUAUAAAUGAAUGUGCCAGUAGCCCUUGUGCAAAUGGAGGAGAAUGUAUGGAUUUAAUAGCUUCAUUUCGAUGUAUUUGUCCUAUUGGUUAUAGAGGCUCACAAUGUGAGUUUGAUGUCGACCUCUGUAACCCUAAUCCGUGUGAAAAUGGAGCCUCAUGCUUUAAUAUGCACAGAGAUUAUUACUGUCACUGCUCUUCUGAUUAUUAUGGAAAAAAUUGCUCUCAUGAAAGAGCUAUUUGUACUCCACCAUUCUGUGAUGGUAAGGAUAAUUGUGUUGCAUACAUAACCACCAAUGACUCAGCAGUGGAAAUUGUGAAAACUACUGCAUGUGGAAUCCAUGGCAAGUGCAUAAGUGAACCUUAUGCAGACUUCAGCUGUGUAUGUGAUUCUGGUUAUACUGGAAGAUAUUGUCAUGAAAAUGUAAAUGAUUGUGCAUCUUAUCCUUGUCGCAAUGGAGGCACUUGCAUUGAUGGACUCAACUCUUAUUAUUGUGUUUGCAAAGAAGGAUGGGAAGGAUCACUAUGCCAGAUAGAAAAGGAUGAAUGUGAAUCUAAUCCUUGCUUAAAUAAUGGAACAUGUAUUGAUGCAGAAGCGGGAUUUUGGUGUGAAUGUAAACAUGGAUGGAAGGGAAAACUUUGCAACUUGAAAAACACUCACUGUGAUGUCACAACCUGUCAAAAUGGUGGAACCUGUCAUGACUUGGGAGAUAGUUUCCAAUGUGUUUGUCCUGAAGAUUGGGUUGGAUAUGCUUGUCAUUUAUCUGUGAACCCGAGUUGUAAGUCUAAUCCUUGUCAGAAUGGAGCUACAUGCAUAGAUAAUGAAAGAAGCUAUUCUUGUGUUUGUAGAGAAGGAUUUGAUGGACAUCAGUGCCAACAUAACAUAGAUGACUGUCUUUCCAAUCCUUGUUUUAAUGGGGCACAUUGCAUCGAUGGUGAUAACUGGUUUUUAUGCGAAUGUAGUCCUGGAUUUUCAGGCCCAGACUGCCGUAUAAAUAUAAAUGAAUGUGCAUCAUCACCUUGUCCUGAAGGUUCUACUUGUGAAGAUGGUAUCAAUGAAUAUCGAUGUAUUUGUCCACCAGGAAAGACUGGACUGUUUUGUGAAAUAGAUGACAUAAAAGUUUGUGAUUUUCAAGGAAUAAAGCAUUCAGAAGGAAGUCGGUGGGAAUUUGAAUGUAAUUCUUGUUUGUGUCAAAAUGGAGAAGUAAUUUGCUCUAGAGUGCCAUGUGAAAUCCCGACUUGCAAUUUUAAGAAAAGUUUUUACAAUCAUAGUAAAGAAUGUUCCCAAGGAAAUGUUUGUGUACCAGUUUUUAAUCAGCCUUGUUUGUCCCUGCCCUGUACUGCAUCUGAACAGUGUGUGAGUGAAAAAGGUCUGAAUUUAUAUUUAUCUGAACGACUACCAUCCCACUGCAAGCCAAAUGACGCCAUUCUUGGAAAUAAUUGUGUUAAGUUAUCUGUGAUGGUUGAGAGAAUAAAACCUAUAGUGCACAGUCUAAAUCAAGUUUGUUUUGAACUUCAAAGAUUUGUGUGGGCAUUGGAUUUUGUUUCUAUGCCAGUAUAUGUUCAGUGCGGAUUUCAAGAGCAUGCAUUUCACAUAAUUGAAAUCACAAUAUCUAGUGAAAUGCCACCAACACAAGAAAUUCAUACAGUACUCAUAGAAAUUAUUCAAAAAAUGGCCGAGUACAUGAAAAAGAGAAAAAGGAAUACACCUUUCUUAGAUGCUGUUUCUAAUGUAAAAAUAGAAAAGCAACUCUCUGAAACUACAAAAAAUGGAGAACAGAAAUAUUUAAUCCCAUUUGUUGCCUCUUUGUUAGUAGUAAUUCUUGGUAUUAUCAUUGCUAUCCUUUUUUACAUCCGCAAGCGACGAUGUUUUCCAAAGGUCACCCUUGUACAAGAAACAUCAAGAUGUAAUGAUAUAAAAGGGGAAAAUGAAGCUUUAACAGAACCAAACAAUCUGAAAAGAGACAACUGCGGAGAAUAUUCGAAUAGCAUACAUUCAACAUCACACCAUAACUUAACAAAUGCUUGUGAUAAUAUGACCCAAAGCCAAUUAAAUUUCAGCAAAACCCCUGAUCAAAUACACAAAACAUAUGAUCACACUGUGGAAAAGAAUAACACAUGCUCACUUCCUUUUAAAAAAAACUUUGAUAAAAAUGAAAUAAACUUUUUGCAAAAGAAGGAUAUUCUUGAGCAAGAUCUGGUUGUUUAACCCAGCACAUGUUUUGUGUGUCAAGAAUUGCGUAGGUUAAUAAUGAAAACCAAUUACUCUUUCAAAUAAGAACAUCCAUUUCACAUCAGGAUGCAACAACUUUUUAUUCCAAACAAGUUCCAAUGAUUAUUUUUGAAAGAUAAAAUAUAUCUGUGAUAAAACUGUUUUAUGUGAAUUAAACAAUUCUAGUGAAAAAUACUAGCUGGGAAAGAAUUUUUCUUUUCUUUCAACUUUUAAAAAUCUAUUCAUUUUUCAAGGAAUAUAUGCAAAAUAUUUUUAUAUUUCAUCAUGAAGUUAUGAAUAGGUGAUGCAAAUAUUCAAACCAAAGUGAUGUUUUCACAAGCAAGUCAUUUGUGUUUUGUCAUUAUCUGUCCUUUUUCAUUGUAUUCAUAACAUUUAUGUAAAUAUGUCAUUUCAGGGUAGAGUUUUUAUAUUUUUAUAUGAAUCAGUCAUAACUGUAUAUUUAACCUGGUUUUGUAAUUAAUUACAAAAGAAAAAAUAGAAACAUGAAAUAAUGUAGAAAAUAAUUGUACAAAAAGUUCUGUAAGUAAAACUUCUAACAAUGAGCAAUGAUGAUGCUCAUCAAAUUAUACCAGGUGGUUAGAAAAUGAAUAUAUAUUUGAAAAAUGAACAAGACAUGAAAUAACGUAGGUAAAAUUUGACACACAUGCUUGAAAUGACAUGGAGUUGUAUUGUAACCAAGAGAAGUUAUGCAUAGGAUUUUUAUGUAACACCCCAUACUGCUUGCACAAAGUUUAUCGAUGAUCCUUUGCUGAGGCGCCACUUUCAUCAUGCUUGGCCUCCCAGGUCUCCAGAUUACACUCUGUCAUUAUUGGCUCUGCAGAUACCUGAAGUUAAUAGUAUACUGCGAGCAACCAACAUCAAUAUGGAUGCUAAUAAGAUAAUAUCCAACGCCAACGUUUCCACAUAAUUAUUUUUUUUUUGUGGUUACAAUAAAAUCCUAAGUGAUUUCAAGUAUGUGUAUCAAUUUUUACCCAUAUUCAUAUAUUAAUCCAUGCAUUAUUAAUUUUUCAAAUGUAUAUGCAUUUUCUGAUCCCCUAGCAUGUGACUUUUAAUGCAAAAAAGGACUUUUUAUUUUGAAAAGAAAAUAAAUAAAUUAAAUCCCUGAAUCUUUUCUGUGAAAGAUCGGACAUUCUUGCUCAAUUUUAUUCCCAUUUGCAUAGAAAUACUUAUGCAGAAAUGUAACCUGAUUGAAAUUGAUUUAUUUUCAUGUUUAGUGAGUUGAAGACAAAUUUAAAGCAAAUUUCAGUUUUGAAAAGUUAAACUUAGACUAAUAAUGAUAAAACAAGAAUUUCAAUAUAUAUUUUUUAAAUACUUAAGAUAUAAUAUGUUUCUCUGAUCAUACACCUUGCUUCAGUUUUGAGCAAACUUUUUAGCACAAAUAUUGUACGUAAACAGUGUAAUAGACUAAAUCUUGUUGGGAACUUUUUUUUCUUAUUUGUUGAAAAAUAAUACAUUUCAAGAACUUUAUUUAAAAAACAUUAAUGAAAUGUUUGCUUAGUAUAAUUUAAAUAAGUAUGUAAUUGGAUAUGAUUUCAAUAUGAAUGCAAUCUAGUCAGUUCAGCAUCAAUGUAUACUCAAGAUGUAGCAUGUUUUUCACACUAUCAUUAUUUAUUAUGAAAUUUUAUUUAAAUUUGUAAUUUAUUUCAUUUUCAGUUUUUCCCUCAAUACUUGUUUAACAUAACUAUUGUAACACACACAACAUUCACGCUUUAAUACAGCUCUUUAAACACAAGACAUAUUUUAGAGCUUACUGUAAAAAUUUAAUAUAUACAUAUUUUUUAAUAAGUCUUUUGAUAUGAUCUAAGUCUAAUGUUUUGUAUAUGAAUGUUUUCAUGCAUGUCACAAAUGUAAUUAACUUAUGUUGUAUAAUUUUGAAUUAUCAAAAGUGCAACAAAAAAUGUAAAA